AUGUUCGAGGAGGUGCGGCUGGAGAAACUGCGAGCUGCACGCAUCAAGGCGCUUGGGGAGAAAAUCUUACAAGAACGCUCGGUUGUCGAGGUUUUCCUCCUCUCCGCUCUCCGAGAAGUUCGCGAGGAAAUAGACAAGACCAGGUGUUUUCAAGUUGCCCUCCUUCAUUUAUUCUAUAUCUCAUCAUGCGCAUUGGUCUCAACUCAAAUUGAAUUCGCUUUUGAAACAUCUGCAGUUUGUGCGAGCGCAUGUUUGUGUCUCCUAUCACAGAUGGUGUUCAGGGUCAUGAAAGACUGGGUGAGGGGAGAAAAGUCCAAAACAGUUCUGUUGCAGUUUACCUGCAUUCUCGGUCAUCUGCUUCCAUACAGAUCUCUUUGGAUUUCCAGAGCAAGCAAACUGUACAUAUGACGGUGGUGAUCACGAACAGACGACUUGCCAGGCUGCAAAGCAGCCAAGCUAACGGACCGUGGAUAGUGGUUUUUUAAAAUUCUUCGAAGUUAGUUUUUUUCUGGGAAGUCAAACUGACAGUGUGAGCUUAUUCUUGUGCAAAUGGGUAAUCGCGGGCAACGUUAUGUUCUUAAAAAUGUCCACUUGAUUCAUAAUUUAUGAAGUGGGGCUGUUUUAAUGGAAGAACUAACUACAUUGCAAUGUUCGCAACUUUUCUAAGUUCAGCCCGAAGGCCAGAGAAUAGGUAGUACUUAAACAGUAACCAUUUAUGCUUUCUCGAACUUGUAUGGUGAGGGUUUUUUACUGGUGGCCAAACCAUGCACACUGGUGAUAUUGUGGUUUUGGGCUGAAAUAGAAAUCACCAGACAUGGAGCCGAUUAGAAGAAAUCUUUAACCAGACAUUUGACGAUAGGAUCUAUAUUUAACUUUUUGUCCUAUUGACUGUCUUAUAUAAUUCGUGAUUGACUUAAAAGACCUUCCGAAAGCUCAGAAGAAUUGGUUAACUCCCCAAUAUUUGAUUUUCCUUUCACACAGAAAAAAAAUUAGUAGGUAGCUAGAAGGUAUAAACUCAGCAUGCUGAUACUCGGAAACCCAUGAGCAACAUGAGAGUUUGGUGAGCUAAUGCGUUAUCAUAAAUAAUAGGUAUAACAUAAACCUUAAGGGGACACAUGUACUGCAAGUAAUAUUGUCUCGAUCUCUGAGGUAUCAUCGGUCAGCAAAGCACACAGUGUAGGAAUGAGGGCUCACAUUCGCUUUUUAACCUAAAGAUAACGGAGAGAUGAGAUCAAACAAAGGCAGAUGCUGAUGGAUGCGUAACUUGAUAAAAAAAUAUGUGAUACCAGCGGAAUCAUAGGGCCAGAGGUCGGUUUUCAUAAAAAACGUCUAUCGGAUUCUCAUACUAUUCUUGGAAGUUAGCACUUCACUUUAUUAUUGUAGGCUAGUUCGACUUUGAUAUCUUUUUCGUAGAGAUAAAUUAUUCAAUGGAUAUGUCCUUCGGGGUCUACCCCUGUACAUUUUGGCCUGAUGACAAGACUUCUCAGCAGAGGAUUUCUUAUAGUAUUUGGAAAUUUGCUGGAGUACUGAUGUAAAUCGAGCCUGUGACUGUCGUGUGUUUAAGGCAGCCAAAAAGAUAUAAAUUGCGAGUAAGCGUGAAGGUUCAUCUUCCUCUUGCUGCUUUGAGCCGUAAAGGAAAGAGUAUGCGAAAGCCGCUGAAAAGGCCUUUCGCCAUCAAAUGGUGCUGGCAAACAGGGACGAAUCCAACUACCCACGCAUCCGAACAUUUCAACGUGGCCUUCCAUAUAGCACCAAUUCUGUGUUCAAGGAUUUCGACGCGGCUGAAACACCUACGUAA